AUCGUGAGGUUGGUUGUGAUCUCCGUAGCAUAGUACUCCUCCGUGCUUUGGAUAGCGUUUGCAGUUUCGCUGAUCGAAUACCGUAAGGUCACUGAAGCUUUGGAGUAGUCAGGCUUCAAAGGCUAGAAAAAAAAGUACACAUUUACCAGUACUUUUCUUACUCCUAUACUGAAAGACUAAGGACAGUGUGACUGUUAAGAGACAUUUAAAUGCUAUUUUAUCCAGUGCCUUGACAAAACUGGACAAAACUUCGUCUUAGUAUUGCAGCAGAACCUUACGAUAAAAAGUAGAGAAUUCCUAUAGAACUUAAGCAAUAAAAGUUGCUUUACUUUUUACUACUCCAAAAGUAGUAAAAGUUUUAGAGAACUCUAGCUGUGAUUUGAAAGCCAAACUCUGAAAUAUAAAUGGAGAAAAUUACAGAAAGGCAGAAAAAGUUAAGUAUGGUAUACGUUUGUAAGGUCGGAAGUUUUAACCCUCGUUCUUCCCAGCACAGUCACGGGGCUUGCACGUAUCACAUGCUUGCAGCACGUGUUUACAGUCUGGGUUCCUGAACACUGUGUGAAGAACUGGUGAGGGAAAUAUAACAGCAUCAAAACACAUCUUAAAAUCCUGUAUUUUAUUUUUCAAUAGCCUACUUCAUGGGUUUUGUUUUGUUUUAGCUGUGGAGUUGCCCUCUAUUUUUUGUUGCUUUGUUUACACUUUUUUUUUUAAAAAAACCUCUUCCUCUGUUGCAUUAACAUAAUGCAUUUCAUCUGGGGAAGUCACUGAUAUAGAGGGAACAUAAAAAUUUUACAUUAGGGGCUUUGGGGGAUUUUAGGUCUGAGGUGUUGAACAGUCUCUGGUCUUUUACUCCUACCUGUGUACUAGUAAGUAAUCUAUGCUAAGUGGAUGAUAUAGUCCAAGUACUGUUUCAGGAGUGUUUAUACAGCUAAAUUCACAUGUAGAAGAGCUCCAUUAAAAAUAAUAAUCCUUGAAUUUUAAGAAGUUAGUCUUAGUUUUUCUCACAGAAGCUCUGCUACUAUGAAAAUGCCACACUAUAAAAUGGGAUUUUUGUGGAUAAAAUGGGAUUCCUAGGGCAUUAAUUAGCUGUCAGAUAUACUGCCUGUCAGAAUUGAGUAAGGCUGAGUUUUGAAUAGUCUCUGUGAGCAUGGUGUGGGUAAGUUGCAGCUGCAGGACUGCUGGAGUUCUCUUCCUUCUUUCGAAUGCCUCUCUGUGAUUUGUAGUGUGGAGUUGGAAUAAAAUCUUAAGCAGUGUCAGGUGUGGAAUUGCAGAAGCACCAACAUUACCACAAGAUUCAUUUUUCUUUCAGCCUGCAACAUCACUUUGGAGACUGGGCAUAGGUCACAGUAACACAGCUGGGCUGUGUAGAGUCUGUACUGGGGACAGCCCAGGUAGGCCAAGAGCUCUGCAUCCUGGAAGGCUUAUUUUUUGCAGCGGCUUCAAAAGUAUCUGGCUCAGGCCAGACUUAAAAAUCACCAAAGUGGAAAAAAAUUCUAAAAGAACAGAUUGCAUAAAGGAAGUGUAUCCAAGUUAGUUAGGAAUGAGACCUAUUUGUCAGUGUCUUGGGCUUUGACAGAACUUGAUAUGAAAAAGGAGGACCUUCAUUAAAACUGUUGAGCAGGACCUUGGAACGACCAAUGGGAAUAACACAGAGUGGAGGAAAGAAAGUGUAGAAAAUAUCUUCGAAGUGUUUUCAGAAGAACUGUCUUUAUCUGGGUGUAGAUUUUAUGUGUGUGUGUAUAUAAUUUAUAUGAUACGAUAUUUUCACAUUCAGUAACAAAGUGGCCUGUUCCAUUGCUGACUGCUGGAAGAAAUGGAAGACUGCAAAAGGCUCCCAAACCAUCUCCUUUGCUACUCCUGCACUUACUGAGAAAAAUCUGCUGGAAGGCAUUUCCUGUUUUUUUCUCUCCUUUUUUACCUUCAGGUUUUUCAAGGGGGAACUCAAAUAUUGUCCAAAAAAAGAAAAGCUUCUUAUUUUAUAAAUACUAGAAAGUAAACUGAAUUUGUGGCAGUUUGUUUUUCAUUGGUCGCUUUUCAUCUUUUGCAUGUAUUUAAAUACUUAAUUGAUUUCCUCCUUUCAGCAAACCUCAAAGAACAAAUGAACAAAUGUGGAAAUAACCUUUGUUGAAAGGUUGUUCUCUAAAAUCAUUGAAUGGCUUUUCAUCUUUUCCUGGUAUGGUUUUUCUGAAGCUGCUUUGUUGAGGUUUUAUUUGCCUAAUUUCCCACAUGAUGGAAUGAAUCUAGUCUUCACCGGCACGGAUAUGUAGACAUUUUCAAGAUGGUUAAGAGCUGUGGCGAAGAACCAAGUGAAAUGGCAAGAAGAAGCAGAUACUUCUGCUGACAUCUGAUUUGUAUGUUAGAAAGAUGGUUUCCUGACAGAAGAGUGCAUUAUUGUUUUUAACAGCAGAUCUUUAUUAAAUGUGCCGUCAGUGGUGGUUUUGGAAAGAUGAGAAAGGACCCACUGUGGGGCAACUCAUUGAAGCUAAAGAUAUGCAGAUUCAGUGUCUAGUUAACUGGAAGAUAUGGCUGCUCUAGCUGUCAGCCACUUGAAAAGAAGAAAGGCAGACAUCUAGAAAAUGCUUUCCUGUUUGCAGUUUCUGUUUGAUCUAUCCCAGUUAGGAGAGCUUUUUUGGUGAUUUUUAAGCUUGGUGCUGUCAGCCCCAUGUGAACAAACCAGAACAAAAAGCACUCUGGGUAUUAGAAAACAAAAUGCCACGAAAGAGGAAAACUGGUGGGAGCCCUUCUCAGAAGAAUGGCAAUUCUGACAGAACUGUUGGUGCUGUAUCCCAGGGGGACCCAAGCCACUUAGUGGCACAAGCAAUGCAUUAUGUCAGUAAGGAAGAGCUCUUCAACAGCACGUCAGAGAUGUUUUCUGACCUAGAUCCUAGUGUGGUUUAUAUGGUUCUGUCUGAAUGUGAUUUUAAAGUAGAAAAUGCUAUGGAUCAUCUUCUAGAGCUGUCCACCCAUGCCAAAGGAGUAGCAUCUCCAAAAACCUUGGGUUUUGAUUUAGCAGCAUCAUCAUUACCUCUUGUUAAUCAGCAAAGAUCUAUUGCAAAUGAAAGAAUGGGGGAAGGUACUGCAGCACAUAGUUAUUGUGAAGCAGCAUUAGAAAAGGUCCUGUCACCUGGUGUGCAGCUGACUGGAGAACUGGAUUCCUUACUAGAAACUACCUUCCAGAGUUACAGCUUGGGUGAAGAAAUGCCUGAUUCUGCAAAUGGCCAAAUAGUACAUGAGCACCCUGUGGAACACGAUGGUUUUACUGAAUUUUCUGAAUGGGAAAAAUCUGAUUCAGUUUGCAAUGUCCUACUGUUUCCACAGCAAGCAGAGACAAAUAAUGAGGUUUUAGAAAACUUCUGCUGUUCCCAGCCACCAGUGAGUCAGCUGAGCAUCCAGACAAGCUCACCAUCUGCAUCAGACAGUUUUGCUCAGAUACUGGAAGAUUCUGAUUUGUUGGAAGUACGUGUUCAACAUGACGUGGAUUCAGAAGUACAUAAACUAUCAAAUGGAGAAAUAUUGUGUGAAAAUUCUGAUCAGACACAAGAUACUGUUUUGGAUCAAAGUAGUGUGACUCCUGCUUCUUGUGGGUCCUCCCAAAAACCUGUGGAACAUGGAGUAGCUGUUACUGGAGAUCCUGAUUCAAGGUGCCUGGAACAAGAUGAAGAUGCAGUGACUGCCUUAAGCAGCUACCAGAGUGCUUCUCUUUCAGAGGCGUGUGUCUCGCCUGAAACAUCCAGUUUCAAAACACAAAAAUCUGCAGAUAUUCAGCAGACUCAGCAGGGUUAUAACUUAAAUUUUUCUACACCAUCAGGUCAAUCUCAACAACACUGGAAUCUUAUGGCUCCCGUGUUUUAUCCCUCCAGUGGAAGUCACAGCUUUGUAAUUCCUGUGGCUGCCAGUCCAGGGCAGUGGGGACCUGUUUCUGACUGUAGAACUUCGGAAAAAGGACUUUUUCUUUCCUCCCCAGUUGUUUCAAAUGCCUGGGAUGGCAACCCUUCUCUGAAGGUAUGGGGAAGUCAAGAUAGAAACUCAAAAUUGAACCUCUCGCAAGCACAGCAACCACGUGUUUGUCACAUGAUGAAAAAAAAGAUGCAACUUAUAGGUCAAGUACUUGUUCUUCUCAGAGGUGUUCCAGGAUCAGGAAAAUCAUAUUUGGCAAGGAAUUUGCUUGAGGAUAACCCUGAUGGAAUCAUUCUUAGUACUGAUGAUUACUUUUACAAACAUGGACAAUACCAUUAUGAUCCUGAUUGCUUAGGGGAAGCACAUGACUGGAACAGGAAACGAGCCAAAGAAGCGUUUGAAAUGAGAAUCUCUCCUAUAAUAAUUGACAACACAAACAUACAAGCAUGGGAGAUGAAGCCUUAUGUUGCUUUGGCUCAGCAGUUCAAAUACAAAGUAAUGUUCCGAGAACCAGACACUUGGUGGAAGUUUAAACCAAAAGAACUUGAAAGGAGAAACAUUCAUGGUGUAUCUAAAGAAAAGAUUAAAAGAAUGUUGGAACGUUAUGAACGCUGCCUUACUGUAAGAUCAAUAUUGGAUUCUUCAGUUCCAGACAAAUCAGAAGCUGCUGGUUGGAGUGAAGAUUCUUGUCAGGAGGAAAGCCAGAGAAAGAGAGAGGCACAUUCUGAUGUAAAGGAAGAAGAAUGUUUUGCUUCUGAGGUGGAGCCUAUUGAAUUAGCUGAAGUUGAUAAAACUUCUCCCCAUGCUUCUUUAAGAUUAGAAAGUAGUUGUGAUCCUGAGCAUUUUCAGAAAGAGGAAAAAGAAAUGGAAAAUAACUCGGUGAAACACAAUUCUGAGAACAGCACUGUUCGAGAUGACUUGGAAGCUAAUUUAUCAGAUGGCAUCCAAAAAGAGCUGCCUUUGGAGAAGAAAGAAGAAAAGGGAUUAAAACCAGAAAAAAAUACUGAAGCAGAAAUGGAUGAGGUUGAUGUGAUCCCAAAUGAAGAGACUGUGAACUUACACACAGGUGGAGCUGAGGGACACAGUGAUAACAACAGUCUCAAAGUUCAAACUGCAGCUGAACAAUUGGAACCAAAAUCAACACAGAUGAGUAACACAGUGCAACCAAGCAGUCUGGCUUUUGAUGCAUCUGGAAAACCAGAACUACUAAACUUUCUGGGUGACUGGCCCAUGGAACAAACAAUGGGACAGAGAGUCAAAAGAUCUAGAAGACUAGAAAAAUCUCCUCUGAAGAGUGAUAAGGAAGGUGAAACUCCCAGUCAGCAGCAUUCUGAGAUAGGUAAAGAGCAAGUGAGCCUGCCUGAGACAUACACUUCUGAGAAAGGACAUGAGGAUGAAAAUCUACCUUGUAGCUGUGUUAGUUCAGAUGAGGUUACACCAGAAUUGCAAAUGUUAGGGUAUUGGCCUGUCUCAGCCUCAUUAGAACAGAGACAACAAAGGUCAAGGAGAGUGAGAAAGACAAAUCAGUGUGAUGAAGACAAAAAUACUGAAGACAACAUUAAUAUGAAUGCUCUUGAAACUGUGCAUGUGAUUCUUGGGUCAUCUGUGAACACUGAAGAGCAACUAGAUAUAAGGAAUUUACCUGUGCACCAAGAGGAAAUAUCAGCUAGUGAAACAGUAAGCGAGGAAAAAUCCCAGCAAAGUAAGAGAGCAAGGAAACAUCACAAAUUAGCCCUCACUUUUACGAACAGCAGCCUGCUGCAUCCCAGAGAAGAGGACCACUUGUCUAAACUUAAUGUGGCAGAAGAGAUACAGGACAUAAACUUAUGUAGGCAAAAAAGUUGCCAUUCACAGACUGAAUCACAGGACUUUGCUCUCCUGUGGAGACUAGAGAAGAAAAUGCUUUUUCCUGAGACAACAAAAAUAUUGCAUGGCAGGCUAGAUGGCUUCAAACCCAAAGACAUGGAUAAUGCCUCGGAGUCUCAGGAAAAAAUACCCUAUCGAGUUAUGUAUGAUAAAAGUACUUUUGUGGAGGAAAGUGAGCUUAUCAAUAUUGAUGAGUCUGAAAAACUAGAUACGCUCUGUAAGCUCUUUGAGUCUGUUUCAUUUGAAGCUUUGAAAGAUUUGUAUGAAAGAUGUAACAAAGAUAUAGACUGGGCCACAGGUCUACUCUUAGACUCUGAUGAAAAGGUAUGUAAAGCUAUUGACACUGAAAGCUUUCAGGUAAGUGAAGCCGAGCCAGUGGUGGCAGACCUUGAUUUCAAGGCAAGUACAAAUUAUGAUGAGAAUCUCAAAGACUGCAAACAAACCCCACAAGUUUUUGGGACUGGUGAUAUCUUUGAGGCUUUAGAAGGCAAGAACUCAUCACUCAGCAUUGCAGAAAGUAGGGCUGCCAAGACAGCUGUGACAAGUACUGAUGUGUCUGACGCAUUCGCUGCUACCUCAUUGGAUAAUUCAGUGGAACUGAAAAGUUCUGUGGGUUCAGCCCCUAGAACUGACACAAGCAGCUCAGCAGCAGGUGUCAUUGAGCUGUCCAUUUCAGGAAAGCAGAAGAGAGAGAGUGAGAGUCCUCUUGAAGAAACUGUAAAUAAACCAUCACUUUCACAACUUGAUGCAGGUUUGCCUCAUGAUCCUAACAUAACUUCUACCAAUUUGACAUCUGAAUUAAACGAUGAAAGUGACAGUAACCCAUCAGAAAGCAGUGCUGAAAAUUCCAAAGGGACUGGUUUGUUACUGGAAAUGGAUCAUGCAUCUCUGGUUGGUCCUAGGAGCAAUAAAGAACAGGAGAUGGAUAAAGAAACUCAGAAAAAUUCCAGGGAGAUAGGUGGUAAAGAGGAAAUUAAAACUCCAAGCUGGCCUGCAACUAAAGCCAAGAGACAAAGCCCUAUACCAGCAUCACAUGCAGCCUUCAGUAUAGAUUGCCUAGAACUAACAUUGCCUCCUGAACUGGCACUCCAGCUGAAAGAGAUAUUUGGACCUGUUGGCAUUGAUGCAGGAUCACUAACUGUUGAGGAUUGUGUGGUUCAUAUUGAUCUGAAUUUGGCAAAAGUGAUUCAUGAAAAAUGGAAAGAAUCUAUUCUGAAGCGUCAGAGGAGAGGUGAAUCAUGUAAGUUGUCCGCAGAAGUGAUUCAGCAGAUAGAUACAGAUGACUCGGAAGUGCUGUUAUCUCAGAAUGCAGACAGCAAAAUACAGAAUAAAAAAUCGAGCUCGGCUGCAGACACAUCUAAUGAUAUACAGACAAAAACCCCAGCAACAUCAGACGUUUUUCCAUUUAUGGACCACUGGAAUGCUCAGAUUCAGAAAGUUUCUCUCAGGCAAAUAAUUUCUGAAGAAAUAGCGAUGCAGGAGAGAGAGGACCUGAAUCGUGUUCCUUCUACAGCUAGAAAAGACUGUGCUGCUAAACUAAAGGAGAAGCAACUUUUUGAGAUGUUUCCAACUAUUAAUCAAAAUUUCUUAAUGGAUGUGUUCAGGGACAACAACUACUCUUUAGAGCAAACUGAACAGUUUCUGAACUGUGUUCUGGAGGCAGAUCCUGUAAAAACAGUUAUAGCUCAAGAAAGUGUUCAGCAAAAUGAAAUUGCUUCUUCCUACAGUGCUUCAAAGAACCGUGAGAAGAAGGCAAAAAAAAGUAAGGAAGAGGAUGAUCCUUUAUGUGAAGUGUUUCAAGACUUUGAGUAUCCACAAUAUGAUGAUUUAAGAGCAGAAGCUUUUUGUCACCAGCAAAAGAGACAAGAAUGUUUGAAAAAGUCUGAGGAGGCCUAUCGCAUGGGUAUGAAGCCUGUGGGAGCAUUUUAUGCACGUCAGGGUCGCCUUCAUGAGCAGAAGAUGAAAGAAGCUAACCAUGCUGCUGCUGUGCAAAUCUUUGAGAGAGUAAAUACUUCCUUGCUGCCUAUGAAUGUGUUGGAUUUGCAUGGUCUUCAUGUGGAUGAAGCUGUGAAUCAGUUGUCCAGAGUGCUGCAGGAAAAAAGUGAAGAGUACCAGCAGACUGGUGGUAAACCAUAUCUCAGUGUUAUCACGGGAAGAGGAAGCCAUAGUCAGGGAGGAGUUGCUCGCAUCAGACCAGCAGCUAUCAGAUACCUCACAAGCCACAACUUCAGGUUCACAGAAAUAAAACCAGGCUGCCUGAAAGUCAUGUUGAAUUGAGGAGUUUUGGAAAGAGGAAUAUAGAAACUGAGGUGUCAUAUGACUGCUGGGUAACAGAAAAAAAACAUGUUUUGAACAACUGCACUGGUAUUUUGUAAUCUGUUUUAAAGGAUGAUAUUUUAUUGGAACUGGUCUCAAUUUAGAGCAAGUGGAUUUGUCAGUAUGUUUCCAAUAAAUUUUUGUGUGAAAUAGAUCCUUUUUUGAACCUGCAUAAGGAAGAUAUUUAAAAGGAUUUGAAGUUCUCAGAAACGCAGAUUAAGAAUUUUGCUGAGAAAUAUAUUAUGUUUUUAAGGGAAAUUAAGUUACAAUUUUUAAUACAACUGUCUUCUUAGCAUAUCUACUCUGCCUUUUGACCCUUGCACAUUUUGAUUGCUGUGGCUUCUGUACCUCUAAAACAUAUUAUCUUGUUCAAAGUUAUUUUGUAAUUCGGAACCCAAAUGUGCUAAACCCUUCAGAAGAGCAAAGAAGAGGCUGAAACUGGGCAACUACCGGUAUUGCAAAUCCAGUUACGCCUGAGUGCUGAGUAUUUCCAAGUUUCUUAAAAAAUCUGGUGUCUUUUUAGUGGUUAUGUUAUGAUGGGUUAACCAGUUCUAUUAUACUUACUUAAUUCUAAACUUCCCCAAAUAUUGAAGGAAGCUGGAUAUACGGCCUAUUCCUGAAGGCCAGCCAUGUGUUUGGUAAUUUGGCAGAUUUAGUUUGAUCUCUUAAAGGGAAAAUGCUGUUAUUCAAUCUCUUUUGUAGAUCCGCCUACUGGAUUAAAAUAGUUUCUUUGUGGCUUUUUAAAUGCAGCAAAUGGAGUACUGUUUCACUUUACAAGUGUCUAAUAACGAUGUCUUCAUUCUCUGUGUAUUGUUUGGUGAUUUCCUUGUAGAAAAUAUAAUCAUGAGACAUUUUCAAUGUAUUUUUAACAUCAAAGUGAAUGGUAAUAUUGCAAUAGUAAUUGCCAAACUGGAAUAUCUGGGAGUACAAAAGUUACUCUGAUUUUGGUAGUGUUGCAUCAGCAUCUAGAAAUACCUGUUUAAAAAACUAAAACAAUAUAAAAAACCCAAACAAAACCCUUCAAAAAUUAAUUAUAAACAUCUAUACUUAGGCAAGUGUUUCCAGUAAACAAUCAGACCACUUUUUUAAUAGAAAUAUCUUCUAGAAUGCAUUGCUAUUUUUAUUUACAUCUUUGCCUCCUGAAAGGCAAAUGAAUUUUUGUUCUAAGGGUUUUUCAGAGCAGAUGUGAGUUGUGUAUUAGGAAUAAUAUUAAUAGAUUAAGGAUUGAUGUGAGGAGUUUUUUAAUUUUUAACCACUUUGCACUAAAUUUUAUCCAGGAACUACAUGCACAUAGAGUUUGUAUGUGAACCCAUAUGUGUGUGCAAGUUCUGCAAUUUGUAUGCAUGAGUACUAAUAAACAAAGAACUUCUGUGAGAAAAGCUGUCCACAGAAAUAGGUUUCACUUGAAAAUGUGUCUGCAAUAAGUUGCUGACAGGCUGAAAGACAUGAUGUUUCCUGAAUAUAUCUGUAUUUACUCUAAUACAUACACAGUGAAUAUGAUGCAUGGUAGACUUAAAAAUUAAUUUGUCGUGCUUCAACAGUAAUCUUUUCCAGGUGAUUUCAAGUGGAAGAAUAGCUUGAAUAAUACUUAAUCAAAGGGACUUUUUCUGUAAUAGACUGCCAUAAUAAGUUUUAUAUCUUUUUGUGGGUAGUUAUUUCAUCUGAAUUGUGUCCUUUCUCUGUUUCCUUCUCUCUGCACUGCUCUGGUAAUCAGUGGGUGAAAUACAAAAGAUCUGUGGUCCCCAAACAGCACUAACACAGCUGUCUCUGACGCUGCAUGAUGUCCUGUGUGGUGAAACCCACACUCCAUCCUCUGUGACAGUGCCCAAAAUGGACUGAGAUGCCAUUUAGGCACUUGGCCUCAAGACACUAGUUCAGACCAUCAGCUGUACAGGGUUGCAAAUGCUAGAAUUGUCUCAGCCAAGCCAAAAUCUUUGUUUUGGACCAAGAAACUUCCUUCUGUUCCUGAACAGGUUUUCCUUAGGGCUGCUGUUUAUAACAAAUGGAAUUGCAGCUCUCUGGGACAGCUCUUUCCAGUGUAGUCCCUGUUGGUUGGCUUGGGUGGCUGCUGUGUGUUGAGCUGCUUGGGUGCCCAGGCCCUACAGAGAUGUGCCUGUGAACAAGGAAUUGUCAACACUUCUGGUUGUUUUGGGAGGCAGCCUGAUUCACUCAGCAUAUUCACACCAUUCCCAACAUGGACAAAGACAGCUUAGAUUUUAGUUCAAAAGACAAGCAGAAGUUGUCGUCUUGCCCAUCUGUUCAUGAUAAUCUAGUUGACAACUUUACCCUGGAGAUGAGAAACACAGCUUUUUGCCUUCUUCUGGCUUAGCAAGUGAAUGAUGAUGAUUGUACUUGACUCUCACUUCCCCAGAAAAUACUCUGACCAAUGUGCUCUGGAAUAUUUUUGAAGUUGCUGCUUCCUGAGCCUCUUUCAAAAUUACAACAGCACGCUAAAAGUGCAAGCUAAAGGGGACAAAAGAGAUUAAAGAAUUAAAAGUGCAUAAACAGUCUCUGGAAGUGGCCUAGGACUUUUCAGAAAGGACCUGUUCCUGGUGAGCUUCAGUGUCCUUUCAUAUUUUUUCAUCCCUUAGUCCUAUUUGGAUAAAUACAUUAAAAAUGUUCAGGGUAAAAUCAGCUCUACCUAGUGCUAGGAGAAUUUUUCUCCAGUCUGUCAAAGACAGCAGAGAAAUAAACAGCUCAAGAGCAGUUUAGAAUACUUUUCUCUCUCCCUUUCUUCAUUUGCCUUCAUGGGGUACAGGUUGAGGUUCACUAACAUUCUCUGAAUUCCCUGCCCAGUGUAGGUUGGUCAUUCACCUAGAAUCUGAACUUUGAUGGAGAUGAUAGCUUAAAAUCAUAACACUGGCAGAACCAAUCUUGCCUCUAUUGAAAAUGACAGAGCCUCUACCAGCUUCAGCAAUUCAAAACAAGGCACUGCAGUUCUGACUCACGGAAAAUACAAUGAUCCUCUGAAGGAUCUCGAGCACGUGCUUAAAAGUUGUGCUGAGCUGGAUACAGAAUAGGCUAGAAGAUCAGUGGACAGAGUAAAGAAAAGUAGAGUUCUAUCAGUAAGGAUCUCCAUGCCUUCAGCUACUUGCCAAUAUUCCAGAAAAACAACACUAUUUCUCUGAUUUUAUAAUGUAUUCUUAGAUUAAUUCUUUGAAAUAUAAUUAUUUCAAAAUGUUUUUUCAAAAUAGGUUGCAUUUUAGAAGUUUCAGCCUUUCUGAUGUCUCUUGCAGUUACAUCGGUGAGAAUCCAUGAGAAUCUUGAGGUAUUGUGUAAAUUGUGUAUAUUGUACUUAAAAUUAAAAUAGCAGUAUUGCCACCAGCACUCUGAAAUAAUGUAUGACUGUUAAAAUACCUAUUUUGUGUACCACCUUCUAUUCUAUUCAACAGCAUGUGAUUGUGAUGAAUGGUAGCCUUUAAUAUGUCAACUGUUGUGUCUUCUUUUACAAAACAUUUUAAUAGGUACCCCUUUUUAAUUUAGAAAAAUUAUAAUUUUUUAAUAUACAAAAUUAAUGCUCGUGCUAACAUUGAUGAGUGAUCUUAGUUAAAGAAAAGGCCAGAGGUGCAAUGAAGAAAGUCGUCUGAAGUUAUGAGACUGUUAGAAAGUAUUUCAGUUGAUUGUGAAAGUAGUAGGGCAAAAAUUUAUUUUCAAAAAUGUUUCAGGAUACCUUGACAAUACUUAAUGACUUUGGCUUUUGCUUUUGAUAUCAUGUGGUACAUCCCCCCUCAAAACCCAACCGAAGCCCAACUGUUCAGGCUAUUUCAGCUAAAUAAACUCUGCAGAGGAUUAAAUGACUAGAUGUGAAUAUGCAUGUGAAAAAACCUAGUAUUGCAGCUACCAAUUGUAAAAGCUGUUAGGACCAGUACAUUGGAAGAUACAAAUUUCUAUUUUUAAACUAAAAUAAAAAAUGAUUUUUUUAUUUGUAUAAAGUUGUACUUUUGCUGUUAACUAUAAUUUUGUUUUUUACUGAAAUAGUUUUGUAAUUUGCAUUUAAAAUUUCUAAUAUGAAAAGGAAUUUACAAAAUCUAGUUUAAUAAAGGAUUUUUGUCACAAGUGUA